AGGAGAGGAGAGGAGAGGAGAGGAGAGGAGAGGAGAGGAGAGGAGAGGAGAGGAGAGGAGAGGAGAGGAGAGGAGAGGAGUCACACUUCAGAUGGGAUCUUUGCAACACUCAAAUCAGCAGUUCUGAAGUAUGAGUUACUCUGAACACCUCUGACCUCUGUAGAAGAUUUCCCAGAAUUCAUGAUGAGUGAUCCAACAACAGGAAGCCCAAAUAUGGAGGUGAAGGUGGUCUCACAAGAGAUGGCGUUGCUCAGCAACAUACUUGCGGCAUACACCUUCAUUGCAGACCAGCCUGAGAGGACAGCCUUAGUGUUUCUGGGCGGUGUGUGUGUCGGUCUUCUGGUCACACUCUGCGCCAUCGUCUUCCAGAUCCACUGCAGAGCCGACUGUCACUACGGCAACACCAACCAUCCUCAGAAUCGCCAGAAGAAAAGGCAUCAUCGUCGGCAGCACGGCUGUCCCCACUAUCAGCCCGGGGACGGUAAUCCAGACAGCAUGGCGGUGGUCCCCUCUGGAGCCAGUGGACCCCCAGGGGACAGUGAGUCAGAGGAAUGGGAUGAGACAUCUGACCUGUCGGCACGGCGACGCAGACGCUUUGAGAGAGCUCUGCUGCACGCCACCAUGUUCACAUCAGCUGAGGAUUUAGACCGAGCACAGCGUCUUGAAGAACGAGAGAGGAUCCUCCGAGAAAUCUGGAUGAAUGGACAACCGGACAUUAGUACAGUCACUCAGAGCCUCAACAGAUAUUACUGACAAACAGGAGGUUUAGGGCAAAGGGUGAACUGGAGAUGUAACAGAGGAACAAAUGGAGAAACACUGGCAUGUGAUAUUGAUACUGAUGGACAGUGUGCAGCGACUGAAGAGACUUGAACAGAUCAAACUGUGACUGACAGAUGCCCAGAGCAACUUCUCAGUCCAAUACGACAUGACAAUUUGGAAGAAAUCUUGAUGCCCCUAAAAAAAUAAAUAAAUAAAACAAGUAGAUGCCACACAGGGGACUCGCUGAAUCUGAAAACAUGAGAGUUGGUGUAACUCUCUGUCUGUUGUUUGUUAACACUAGUAUGAAUAUACUGAGAAAAAUACAAAGGUUUUAAUAACUAUUCAGAUGUUUAACAGGUUAGUCAGCCACAGACGAGUGACAAAUUAAAAGAAAACCAACAUACUGUCAUUUAUUUUAUCAAGGUCCAGCCUUAAUUUCAGAAUUUGAUUUUCUGCCACAGUGGUCGAUUCUUCACACACUUAAAACACAUCCAAUAAUACUUUUAUUAUUAUGGCUCCUGCAGGUCAUCAAAUUGGAAUCGGAUUUCUAUGGUUUUCUUAACAAUAACAAACAAACAAGACUGAUAUGAUCUCAAUUCACACUUUAAUAUUCAGAAAGAUGCAAUACUAAUAGGUAUUCUGAACAAAGAAACCAGCACAAUAGUAUAACUGAUAACAGCAAAUAACUAUGAAUAAAUU